AUGGUUAACUCAACUGAGACUCGCAAGACCGGCCUUUUUGUAUUUAUGCUUUUGAUGCUUAUAUCAGGCACAUGUGUUACAAUAACUGUGAAGUUUAUGGAUAUGCUAAAAGUCAACGGUAAAAGCUUUAAUCAUCCCUACUUCCAAACGUUUUCCAUGUUCAUUGGUGAAUUCAUGUGCCUUAUUGUUUAUUUUUCUCUUAUAAAUAAAAUGGCAUCCGUACGAGUGAAAUUAGCUCCACUAAUUUUCUCUCCCUUAAGCAAUUUUAUUUAUGGGGUUGGGUUUUCUUAUGAGAACUUCAGUGCAGCGACAGCUGUUAACUCUGGCAGAUAAGCUGAUGUACUGCUCCAAGUACAUUAAGAGGCUCGAAGUUUUACCUCUCAGCACGCCUGAGAAGGUGACCCUUAGGCGGAACACGCGCAGGAGCUGAAUCAAGGAAGGCAAGGCAAAUUAACCCGUCGAAGCCGGAAAGCUGCAUUUUGCUCGUGCCCUGGCGCAACAAAGUGGAUCGAUCUAGAGGUCCAUCGGUCCGACACGUGGACAAAUACGGUGAAAAACUCUGGAAACGGCUACCCCGUAGUGGACGUUAAACGUGAUAGAUAAUAAUGUAAUAAUAAUGUUUAUUUUUCUCUUAAAUUCUUGAGUAGGCCUCGAAAUAACUCUCAGCUCACUGAGUCUUUAAUUGAAAAACCAAACAGAUCAGGCUCCUUAGCUUGGCUAACAAUUCCUGCGAUUUUCGAUAUCUGUGGCUCUACCAGUAUUUUAAUUGGGCUUUCCUUUUCAACUCCCUCAGUUUAUCAGAUGCUAAAAGGAUUCUUGCUUGUUAUCGUAGCUUUAUACUCUGUUAUAUUUCUUAAAGCUUCGCUGAAUUUAAAUCAAGUACUGGGAAUCUCUAUAAACUUUGUAGGAACUGUGAUUAUUGGAAUUGUUUCCGUAGCUUAUAAAGCACCAUCUGCGGAAAAUCCACUGCUUGGGAUAUUUUUCAUUAUGCUAGGAGAACUGUUUUCAGGAGGUUUUGUGGUGUCUGAAGAAAUGAUAUUUAAAAAAAUCAAAGUAAACCCACUUUUAGCGGUAGGAAUUGAAGGCUCGAUUGGAUGCUUACUCCCCCCCAUCCUUGAUAGAAGGAUUAACUGUAAAAAUUCCUAAAAAUUGGGAAAAUUAGCCCCAUCCUUCAUCGAGCAAUUUUCAUAUCAUGCAAAUUUUUAUAUAUAUAAAGAUAUAUUAGUUAUCAAAAGCUUGGGAGAUGUGCCUAAUCAAGUUGUUGUCAGAGGCUUUAAAACGACAAAAAGCUAUGGAAUCAAUCAUCCGAAGUGCUUUAGUCAUAAAUCUAGGCUUAAAAACUUAAUAAUCUAAAAAAUCGAGGUUCUUUAAAAUUUAAAAAAAAAAAAUUUAAUUCAAUAAGAAAUAAAUUAAAAUUUAUACAGUUUAAAAGGUAACCAAAAAUUCAAAAUAUAAAAAAUUGGUAUUCUUAUGAAAUUGAUUCAUUUUUUCGCUGUAAUAAUAAUUAUUAAAUACUCUUAGCCCUCUUAUUUAAAAGUAAAUAAAAAAUUAUAUAUAUAUAUUAUUUAUUUUAUAUAUAAAAUUUUUUACCUAAAUUUUAUUUUAACCCCCAUCCUUGAUCGAAUUAUGCGAGCCAUUCGAUCAAGGAUGGGGGAGUUAGUCUAUAUAAUAGCACUUCCAAUCCUUUAUUUAAUUCCUUGCGAUUAUGAGGGGAUUUGCAAUAAUGGAAGAGUAGAAGAUGCUUAUACUGCUAUCUUAGGGUUAUUAAGUAAUAACACUUUGGCUCUUAUAUGAAUCUGCUCAAUGGUUUCUGUUGCAGUAUUCAAUUGGAGUGGAAUCAGCACCACUCAAAAAUCAAGUGCGCUUACGAGAGCUAUAAUUGAUGCAAGCAGAUCUUUAUCAGUUUGGCUUGUAAGCAUGAUACUACAUUGGGAAGAAUUUUUGCCUCUUCAACUCUUAGGAUUUUUGCUUAUAAUGCUAGGAACAAUUAUAUACAACAGCUCCGUAAACUGGCUGAAGAAAAAUAAAGAAACUUGUACAAUUAGUUAA